GUCGCCUGCUAGCGGGCGGGGGUGGCUUGUGAGGGCGCCGCGGCCGGGGUCGCGGCUGUGGUCGCGGCAGCUUCAUGGCGCGGGCGGUACCGGUCUCUGCAGGUGACGGAGGCGCAGCAAGGGCCGCCCCGGCUUAGAGUUCCCAAAGAUGAGUCGUGGAUAUUCAGAAAACAACAAUUUCCUAAACAAUAACAACCAAAUGGUGUUGGACAUGAUCCUUUACCCAUUAAUUGGAAUCCACCAGACCAUCAACUGGGAAUCAGUGGCAAGGCUUGUGCCUGGAUUAACACCUAAAGAGUGUGCAAAGAGAUUUGAUGAACUGAAGAACAGUGGAAGCUCACCUGUGGACAACCACUAUAGUCCCCUCAUGGCUGCUGGAGAGAGUCCUGUUGAAACUUUAGCCACGUAUAUCAAAUCCUCGCUUCUUGGCACACAAAGAGAAUUUCAGGAGACUCCAGUUGGUCAGGAUGCAGUUUCUAAAACAGGAAGACAUAGUAUAGCUUCCACAAGGAAUUGUUCUUCAGAAAGUGAAAAUUGUACUACUCAUAAUGGUGGAGAAAAGACUGAAGAAUCUGAAGGGCCAAACAUGGUGAUCCAUGUAUGUGAUGAAGCAAAAAACUUGAAAGAAGAUUUUAUUUGCCCACGAGAUCUUUUGAUAUCAGAAAUGAAGUACUUUGCUGAAUAUUUAUCUGUGGACGCCCAGCGCUGGGAAGAGGUGGACAUUUCAGUUCAUUGUGACGUUCACAUUUUCAACUGGUUGAUAAAAUAUGUUAAAAGGAACACUAAGGAGAAUAAAGAUUGUGAGAUGCCCACUUUAGAUGGUGCAGAAGUAAUGGAGGGUAAAACUGUUGGAGCUUUAGCACACAUCAAGCAAGGAGCAUCACACUGUAUUAGUGGUCACUGUGUUCUUCAACACCAUGUGCUCAUAGGAAAAAAGAAGACAAAAAAAGUUUCACAGCCAGGAAAUGUCAUUUCAAUUCUUAUUUCUUCAGAAUUUUUGAAAAUGGAUUCAUUAGUUGAACAAUGUAUUCAGUAUUGCCACAAAAAUAUGAAUGCCAUAGUAGCUACCCCAUGCAACAUGAACUGUAUUAAUGCAAAUCUUCUUACACGUAUAGCUGAUCUGUUCACACACAGUGAAGUUGAUGAUUUAAAGGACAAGAAAGAUAAGUUUAGGAGUAAACUUUUUUGUAAGAAGAUUGAGAGACUAUUUGAUCCUGAGUACUUGAAUCCAGAUUCUCAGAAUAAUGCAGCAACAUUAUACAGAUGCUGUUUGUGUAAGAAACUUUUAACAAAAGAAACAGAAAGAAGAAUUCCUUGCAUUCCUGGAAAAAUCAAUGUGGAUCAACACGGAAAUAUUAUCUACAUUCAUAUAAGAGAUAAGACUUGGGAUGUUCAUGAGUAUUUGAAUAGUCUUUUUGAAGAAUUAAAAUCUUGGAGAGAUGUAUAUUGGCGCUUGUGGGGAACAGUCAACUGGCUAACUUGUUCAAGAUGUUAUCAGGCUUUUCUGUGUAUAGAGUUUUCACAUUGUCAAUAUCACUCAGAAACAGUGAUUUAUCCUACUGCAGGAAGUUCGCUAAGUACUGUUGGCACUGGAAUCUAUCCCUGCUGUAACCAAAAGGUUCUUCGGUUUGACCCCACUCAGCUUACAAAGGGUUGUAAAGUGAAGGACCACAUGGUUGCUGUUCGUGAUCAAGGUGAAGGUGAAGAUUUGCUGUCCUGCCCAACUGCCAGAAUACUGGAUGAUCUGCAGAAACACAAAGAUGUCAUUCUUGUGCCUUUUGUUAAAGAUACAGUCAGUGAUUCUGGUGGUCCCUGUGAUGAAAAGGGUCUAGACUGUGAUGUUUUACUGGAGCCAAAUACACCAUGGGGCCCCAAGAGUGGGGAGCUCAAUGCUUUCUUAUCACUGAAAAACUGGACACUGCAGCUGAAACAACAGUCAUUAUUUUCAGAAGAAGAAGAAUAUACCACUGGGUCUGAGGUCACUGAAGAUGAAGUUGGAGAUGAAGAAGAAGUAUCCAAGAAACAAAGGAAAAAGGAGAAGCCAAAGAAAUUCACUAAACAACCAAAAAAGCAGAUGUCUUCACCCUGUGGUCAGAAGAAAGAAAAGGCAUUGGAGAAGUCAACUUCUAGAGAUGUGUCUCCUUUCAUUGUGAGUAUGCAGAAGAAUAAGUGGGAUGCCACAAGAUCCUUGAGAUUCAACCAAGAUGCGCAAAGAGAAGAUGAUCAACGGCGGAUGUCUGAAAUUACAGGGCACCUAAUAAAGAUGAGAUUGGGUGAUCUGGACCGAGUCAAGUCAAAGGAAGCAAAAGAAUUUGCAGGAGGUAUUUAUUCCAGGCUUGAAGCACAAAUCAAGGCCUCAGUGCCAGUCAAUGCACGGCAAAGCAGCUCAGAGAAAAACACAAGGUCUAAAAGUCGUUUUGGUCAAGGUCGGCCUGCGUAAAGCACCUUAAAAUAUUACUAAGAAGACAGAAGACUCACCUCUGGACAUUUGAAAUUGCUCAUCACUUCUUGAAGGUCUUCAGAACGAUGACUUCUAAAUGUUUUAAGUUAUUUAUUAAUUAUUCUUGCAAGCCACAUAAAUCGUAGUGCUAAGGGAAAUAUAUAGUUAGGUCUUAUGAAAUCUAAUUGUAAAUAUGAAACUUCUUAAACCUAAUUUUCCUUUGGUGUGAUGCUAGGCUAUGUAGAAAAUUAGUAUUUACAAAUUUGCAUAGUUAAGGCUCCUAGUAUUUGUUAUCCUUUAUUUAUUUGAAAGAGAAGAGGUCUAAACUCUCAAGUAGCUAAGAGUUUUUUAAGACCUUAAAAAUUAGGGGAACACAGCUGGUAGUGGUAUGGUACAUGUGCACUAAUUAUAGUAUGUCUUUUGGGCUGUAAAUCUUGGGAUAGCACUGAGAACUGCAAUUUGUGUGAUGAAAUUUCCAGUGAUGCUAAUUUUAAGUUUGCAUGACUAUUAAGGAGUUACAGAUCUCAAGACUGCAUUAAAUAAAUUUUCAAGAUGAAGUAUUCCUGUGUUGGGCAGAAGCCUUAAUUUUUUUCAGCAUUAUUCCAUAGAAAGCACAAUGUUAAUCCAACUCUUUUUUUUUUUAGUUGUGUUUUUUUGUUGUUGGUUUGUUUUUUUUUAGUUUUUAGUAGUUAUUAUUGGUCAUCUGAGCUGGAAUUACUGAUUAUUACCUCUUUCUUCUGUGAAGCUAGUACCAUUCUGAAUUUGUUAAAAUAACCAUUGAUAACUUUAAAGCUAGUAAAUCAUUUCAGUUGUAUGAGACAGUUCUCAGGGCACUAAAACUCAACCAUAUUUCUAUAGCCAUUCGAAUAGCCCCUUAAAACAGUUAUAAUUAGUUAUUACUUUAGAGAUGUCUAGAAGGAAAUAUUCCCAAAUACAUUUGAUGGAUGAAAAAUUGCAUAUAUUUAAGAAAAAUCAAAAUCAAAUUCUAUUCUAUAGAUCAUGUCUUAAUUUUCUAACCAAGCAGAAAGAGUGCUCAGGGAAAAUUUGUUCCAAACCAUAAGCAUAUAAAAAUUAUGUGUUUGGAAAUUACUUAUAUGUAGGUCUCUGAAAAACUUUAAGAUGCACUGUUUCUAUUUUUAGUCUUCCUUUGCCUUAUAAUUGAAAUUUCUUCAAAUUAGAGAACAGACUUUAAUAGUGUAUGACAGAACAGCAAUUUCUAUUGAAAUGUCCAAGUGUUACACUCAGUUUAGACAUACAGAAAUCAUUAUUUUUAAUGAGUGUUUUAGUUGGUAAGUGAAGCUAGAUUUUAUUUGAUGUUAUAUGUAUGGCUUUGCCAAGAUUUUUGAACUUCUGUUUGGAAAUUUUGUUGCAGUCGAUAUAUUUUUCAAUUGUUUGAUAUUUUUGAAACAGAUUAUAAAAUUUUUAUUUUCAAAAGAAAAUGUUUUAUACUACAUGAUCUGUACACCCUGUUAAAUACCAGCGUCUUGUUUAGUUUACUCUGAUCAAAAGGGUUUAGGUUUGUACAUGUUCUACAGUGCUGUGACGGUCACAAUUAAAAGAGGAAAAUAUGCUCAUUUGAUUUUUAACUGAUGGUAACAAGGCAAAUUACUUCUCCCCUGGGGGGACUGUACCACUGAAUUUUUACAAACAGAAUUUAUCAGAAUUUGAUUUUCUUCAGAAUGUGCUUUUAAUUUUGUGGACGUCUGUAAUUCAAGCACAGGUACCACAAACAUUUUAAUCAAACUCGUAAUAGCAUUUGUUUUGCCAAAUACUUUGAGGUUUUAUCUUCCAUUAAUUCCGAAU